UUUCUUACAUUUAUUAUUUUAGGAAAUAUUAUACGUCUGCUAGUCCUCCACAGAAGAAAAAAAAAUUUACUCGAAAUCUAUUUUUAGAAAUUGCUCAGCCAUUGGUGUUUAUGGUUUCCUAAAUUUUCAUUUCAGGAACCCGACGCAGAGGCUCUAAUGCUAGAGCAGAAACAUGUUAAGUCUUCCAGACGAAUGACAACAUACAGAGGUGGAGCUGGCUUCCACACAUAAGAGGGGUGCAAUGGCCUCCCCGGCCAAGUCCAGGGACAGUACAGUGGCUGUCCUGGUCAUCCCCCCAUCCCUCACUUUCUACACCAAUGAUGUGAAAACUCAUCAGCAGGUGUUUACUAUUUACAACUUGAACGACUUCCCUGUGAAGUAUGCAGUAACAUCAACUACCCCUCAGAAGUACCACAUACCCAAUGACGUUGGUGUAGUGGAUGGUAAAGAUUACAAGAAUAUAGAUAUUACUAUCAAAGAAGUCUUCCUUAAAAACGAAGGAGUGAUUGACAAAUUCAGAGUAAAUCUCUAUGACCGUAAAGAUUUCCUAGGACACAAAGAUGUGACAGCACAGCUAUUACCUGGCAGAUCAAAAACACUAGAGGAGGGCAGUGAUAAGUUUCGUUCUAUGUCUCCUCAGCAAACAUCUACAUGCCAGUCUACAGACAGAGAUAUUACCCUUUCCGCACAAUCAAGGGGGCCAGGUCUAGGACUCAUAAUGACGUGUAUGAUCCUUUUACUUGUUCUGUGCCUUCCUAACCAAGGGGAUACUGAGAGUAGUCUCCCCAUGUACUUACAUCUUUCAGUCAACAACAAAGUGUUUAUAGGAAUCAUUUUUGGGGUCUUGAUGACAUUGAUGGUUCAGAAUGCCAACAGGUAACAUCCAUGAGUCAGCAGAAACAUUUCAGAGAUGUCUUGGUCUGCAGGCAGUGUUUCUUCAUUAGCUUCAUCUGUCAGUUUUACAUCUGCUCUUUGCUACUUUUAGUUGCGUGAAUGAGUGUGAAAGUAUGAGUGCGCAUGUAUUUGCAUAUGUCUGGGUGCAAGGGUGCAUCGACAUGAUUGUGCACAUGCAUUGAAUCACACAAUAAUAAACUAAUUUUUAUUUCAAAAUACUUUAACUCUUGCUGUUUGCAUUUUUUUUUUAAAAAAAAGGCCAUUGUCACGAUGUCUUGGCAUUGAUGUUCUAGCCUUAUUUUUAAAUUAUUAUGGCAUUCUCAUCUUUUUUUCUUUUGGUUGUAAAUAAGUAUAAAUAUCUUGCACAAAAUACCUCAAGGCAGUGGCCUAUCUGGAUAUGAAAUGCUUUUAUUCAAGUUUUGUUUGAAAGACAUUUUAUCCAUUGGUAACAUGGUGUUUUAUAUGCUUUGUGUGUUAGUAGCAUAGACUGUUGUGUGCAGCUGAACCCAGAACCCUACUUUCAUACCUCAUAAAGGAGUGACUCCACUAUCAGGCUGUAAGCACCAAACAUUACUAAUUCUUGUAAAUCCCCCAACUACAAUUUUAAGUGUGCAUAUGUGAGGGAUGGAGCAAUACACUGACCAUUUUUUCUGCUGUAAAGAUAAAUAUGGACGUGUUAAUGUGAGACACCCCUUCUUUCUGCAAAAAAAAAAAUCCUUUAUGGACUAUCUGUGUUGCAAUUAGAGACCAUUACAUCAUAUAGAUUCACAAAAUAAAUGCAGUCAUUCAAUUCCUAGGAUUUAUUCCCAAAUGUGAAAUAUCUGAUAACAGAUGGAACUGUGAUUGUGACAGACCAGCGUUGUCUUAAAAAAUAUGUAAAAUCCUGAAUGGACUAUCUUGUGUUGCUAAUAGAGACCAUUAUAGUAUUUAGAUUGACAAAAUUGAGUCCAGUGUGGUUUAAUCCCUUAAUCACUAAAAUCUACAUGUAGAAUCUCAAAAAAAUCUGUCCUAAGUAUCCUUAUAGUCACAUCAUUUGAUAUCUGGUGCUGCACUAAUAAAAGGGAUACCAAUGCAGAAAAGUAAUUGGGGCAAGUGAAAACAGUUGUCAGCACAGCUAAACUUUGAGUUAAACUGUGAUUUGUGGCUUAAGCAUUCAUUCCAUAUACAGUUGGGAAGGCAGCAGAAAGUGUAUUUCUUCAAACCCUCAGCACUCCACGUGUUCACAGCUCAUGGUGAACAGCAUUGAACUGCUGAGGGACAAGCACACGCUACCUGACUGUAUAGAGCCUGAACUAGUCUGUUGUACAAGCCGUAAAAUUAUUCUACAGUUUUCAUUAAAGUUUCUCAGCAAUCUUAUCCUCAAAGCAUUGCACGAGGCAACCUUCUGUACCACACCAAAGUUCCAUGCACUAAUCCCAAGACGAGAGCCUUCCAUAUAAAACCAUGAAGGACAACAGCCUUUAUAUAGUAUUUUUUAAACUUUGCCCUCAUUGUUUGCCUCAAGACCAUUGUUUUUCUGCUGAAUGUCUGCUGCUGAUCUCAACUCACCAUUUUUUCUUUUGACGUUACCUACAUUGUGAUGAUUACUCUUGUAUGGUGACUUGCUGACUUGUCAGCUGCAGGCUGUGUGAUCAAAUGUACUCGCUAUUGAAAAACCCAGCAUAUUAUUUAUUAUUCAAUGGAAAUUUUACAUUUGUGUAAAGGGAGCAUACCCAUUAUAGAACGUGGAAUGUUUUUUAAAGUGGUUAUAAUAGUGAUGGUGCUUAUUACCAGUGAACUGUAUUUUUUUUUAAAGAAGUGAAAUUAUUUUGAAAAAUUGUAUUAUAAAAUUUAUUUUCAUGCGGAAACACCUCGGUGCUUUUAAAAGAAAAUUACUGACGACAUCAUUGAUCAUCCACCAAUAGUGUUAUUGUAAUCUGUUCUAGUCAUGAAAGUCUCAAAAGUUUGUCAACUUAUGGGAUAUCUCUAAGUGGUAGUAUGCAUGCUACCUCAGAGGAUGAUUGGUUUUGAGUCUAUGGCAGAACAGGGCUAAUAAUUUGUGAGAAUUUUUUUUUUUAUCAGGCAUUGUACAUCAUGGCAAUAGUUGCAUAGUAGUUUCAUUACAGCUUUUCAUUUAUUAAGUUUUGGAAUCCAUGUUGUCAUCUGUAUAAAUCUAUUUAGGCAUGUUUCUCCCUGCUGGAAUUUUUUUUUUGUAUAUGUGUCACAUUCAUGGUUCUGUGCUUUUGAGGUUGUGUAAUUGAUGGGAAAAAAAUUUAAGUAUUGUAAUUUGUGUGUGUUUUUAAGGGUGGGAGUGGGAGAAGGUGAUAUAAGUGUGAAAGGGGGUGUUUGGGCUUCCUACUGUUCUAUAUUGAGUGCAGGAUGUGUGCAAUAAAAUACAACAAAUGUGACAGAAGCAUAAUUCAAACAAGUGGAAGAUGAUUUUUUACUCUUGCUGAAGUGUGUAGACGCACUUUAGAUUUUCACACUUGCAUGACAUACAAUAAAAAGAUAGUUUAGAAAACAAAAGUUAGCUACUAACUCAGACCAGUGAAUGAAAGGCCAUUAUUAUUAUUGAAUGGACAAAAUUUGCAUGACCAAUAAUGUCAAAUACCUUGUGGCUGCUCACAAGCACUUUAGAAAAUUCCAGCACUAAUAAAAAUUGAACAGCUGUAAUAAAACUGAAUAUUAUGACAUUACACUCUUAAAAAUCCUAAAUUGAUCUAGCUUUCAUAAAUGACAAGUGCUCUUUUACAAAUUGAAAACAGGACAAAUCUUAUGACAUCAAGUCACGCCUUGAUUUCUGCAUGUCCAAGUAUUCAUAAUGCAUCAGAGCUCAGAGUUGCUAGAAAACUGUCAAAUUACUCCUCCACACCUUGGCUGUUUAGACGACAGUGUGAAGUAUAAAGUGAGAAUUCUAUCAGCUAGUUUCAUUUUUAAAAUUUAAUGUUGGAGAUCAUUGAAAAAUAAAUUUUCUCCGAGUCAUUGCUUAAAUAUUCAACAAGUCAGUUACCACAGAUAUUCUGGCUGUUAGGUGUUACACCAUGAGCGAAGCCCACUUCUGGAAGGUGUCCAAGAAAGGGACUCUAUCCACCUCCAUAGAUGUGGGUUUGAUAUAAAGCUAUCUCGCAUGCAUUUCUGAAAUGGAUGCUCUGCAACUCCAAACAGGUGACAUCAGGAGAUAUGUACACCUUGCCACAGCCAUAGAUCACAGCCUAGCCUGAUACCUGUGGUCUGUUUUUAUGGUCCCUAAUACCUGCUUAUUCAAUUGCUGAUAUUAAAAUUCCUUGGCACAAGAAUUACAAAAUUUAGGAAGGACCAUUGUGAUAAAUUUUACUUAAACAUAUCUAAAAGUCUGGUGAGGUGCAAAACGGUUUUCUAAUGACAGAGUAAAUCUUGGUGCUCAGAUAAUAUCCAGAUGAACACCCCACUACCAUUCUGGAGAUACCUACAAACAUAACCAUGCACAGAACAAAGUGAAAAUUAUAAUGUUACAUUUAUACACAGAUAUGCCAAAUAAACAUGUGGUCUAAGUUCUUCCACUAGUUGAAUCCUUGACAAAAGUAAACACAUCCAUGUAUCCAUAUAUCUUGGCAUUUAAUCAUUUGAUUCUCACUUUCCUUUUGGUUUUCUGCAGCUGCUAAUGUUUUAUUUGUGUACUUUUCUGUAACUUUUCGGCGCAUUGAGCGUUUCCCAAGGAUUCGGAUUUUGCGCGUUAUAAGUCUCCUUCAUAUCAUAUCAUAUCAUUUAUGUUGUUGACUUCUUCAGCACAUGGUGUUUGUAGAUACCUAUCUCAAGAAAGUGGGUUGAGGGAGGUGGGGGGAGUUGGAGUUUAUUCAUUUUCAUCAAGGUUUGAGAAAUAUCAUCUUGAAUUAAGCUCUGCCCAGUCAUAAGGAAAAACAAAUUUUUGAUCUAGCUAAUCCUUAAAUUUAUCACAAGAAGCUACGUUAAGUCUUCUUUAUGAUUGUUUGUGACCUUCUGGUCUUAUCAACAGUACUGUUGGGUUGUAACCAAAAUU